GUAGAAGAAUCCCUCAAUGACAUGGACUUCCAGCUCUCUCUGGAGUUAUACUUCACAGAUGGAGACUUCUCGCCCGAGGAGCUCAGCUCCCUGCAGAACAUCAGCAGUCGUUCGCUCCGCUUGCACUUUAGCCUGAACCGAGGCAUCCACCAGCACAUCAAUAUCAUGUUCGACUACUUCCACCUGUCUGUGGUCUCUAUGGCCGUCCACGCAUCCCUGGUUGCCCUGCACCAACCCCUCAUCAGUUUCCCCCGGCUGGUGAAGAGUACAUGGCUGAACCGCAACGCCCCCCAGCAGAGUAAAGACUCUGUCAUCCCGGCCCUGGAGAAUGUGGUGUUUGGAACCAGCUAUGUCAAACAGCUGUCUGCUGAUGGCAGAACAUUUCUGGUGUCAGACCAAUGUCUGCAGCAUGCUUUCAGUCUUCACCACAGUCUCUGUGCCAGCCUACUGCUGGCCUACCAGGGCCUGUUUGGUUACUUCACCUCCGUCAGCAAGGACCUGCCCUCCUCACACCGCAUGGAGCUAGCCAAGCCCAGCAUGCAAGUCCUUUAUGAGAGAGUACUCAGAAGAACCUUCCCUCCAGACCAAAGGCACGUCUUCAUAGAGGAACUAGACGUUGAGAACCGUCUCACUGAGCUCUGUGAUCAAGUCAAGCAGAGGGCGGAGAGCCCGGACGAGCUGGCAGAGCUGGUCAAUAUGAACCUGGCCCAGUUGUGUUCCCUCCUCAUGGCCCUGUGGGGUCAGUUCCUGGAGGUGGUCUCACUGCAGGAGAAUGUUGCUGCCCUGCUGGCUGUGGAGCAUCACACACUCAGAGUGCGGAGAUUUGCAGAGGCCUUCUUUUGUCUGGAACACCCGAGACAAACGGCGCUGGCCUAUCAGGAACUACAUGCUCACAGCCACCAGCAGAUGACCACAGCCAUCAAGAGUUCCUCCUACUUCCUGUCUCUACCACCACUUCCUGUUGCAUGUGCCGACCUUGACGGGGACGUCAGCUCCCUGCCAAUCAUCUUCGAGGACAGAUACCUGGACUCUAUCACGGAAGAUCGGGACGGGCCGUGGCUGGGCAUACAUAAUCCCCGGAGUGGCUCCACGUCCUCCGGUAACUCUAAGGCCAGCUCUUCCUCUUCUACUGCAGCUGCCACAGCAUCCUUCCCCAGCCCCAUCCUGGAGCCUCGGCCCCCAACCAUGAUGGACACAACCUGGCCCGAUGACUGCCCAGACCUGCCCAAGUCCAAAGGCAAGUCGGUGAAACUGAAGAAGAACGCCAAGACGGAGAGGGAGAACGCCAAGAAGCUCAUCAGACAGGGAUCCAAGGACUCUGUGGUUCUGGUGGCCUAUAAGAACCUGGGGAAGGCCGCUAACUCGGCUAACCCUUCACAGCUAACACAUGGAGAAACUGACCAGGACAGAGAGGCCCAGGGACAGGGAGAGGCUGGCCUGAAGCAGCAGAGGGAGGAGAGGGAGCAGGGGGAGAGGGAUGCCUUGCUGGGGGUGACUGGGGGAGACUCCAACACUGACCUAAGGACUAGGAUCUCCAAAUAUUUUCCUGAGCCUGGUGCUACCACCACCACCACCGUCGCUGGACAGGCAAAUGCUGUUCUUCAUUUUGACUCUCUCCUUGAGGAUGACGUCCUAGUAGCUAGUGGCGUGGCUAGCCAGAAAGGUUACUUCACAGCCUUAGUGAGCUUGGACACACAGAACAAGCCGGCCCAGGCUGGUCCUGGAGCUGUAGCCGGAUUAGCCACCACAGAUAAUAACCAAGUAAUUCACAAAAAUGCUGCCGUUGACCACUGCAGCCAGCAGCUGCCCGAUCACUACACGCCUGGUUCUACCGCCACUGGACUCAGGCACAUUGAGGUCCAACCCAGUGACAAGGACCCGUACCAAGGAGACGCAGUGACAGUUCUCCUGCCCUGUCGCACGGAUGGGGAUGGGACCUCCAAAAGAGAUGUCCCAGAAAUCUCCCAGACAGACCUGUGUAUGUCCGACUCUAAACACCUUGCUAUGAGAGACUGGAGGUCUGAGGUGACUGACAGGCCUGGGGGUAGAGAGGUAAUGACAGAGGUUAGUCAGAGGCCAGGCCUGGUGCUUCUACAGCAGGUGAAGGGUGAUUGUAUCAGGCUGCCACCAGACGGAGGUGCUGCAGUCCCCAGUGCCUCCUCCCGCCUCUCCGACUCUGGUAUCGAGAGCGAGCCCAGCUCCUUCGCUAUCCAGCUGGCUACCCAGGGUGGGGCCGGAGGGCUGGCUGGGGCCCCUGAGACUGAGUUGGGCCCCCAGCAGGCCGAACGGCCCCUACUCAGCCCUGCUCCCCGGCCCGUCCAGCCCACCUCUGUCCAUAAAGGCAACUUGGGGGCUGGAGAGGGCCUCAACCCGGAGAGUACAGUCAGCGCGGUCAGCGGCGUCCAGUCUUCCCUCACCUCUAUCAACUCGCUGCCCUCGGAUGACGAGGAGGAGGGGGGUACAUCUGUGUCCAGGGGCUCCAGCAGUGUAGGAGGAGGGGAGGCCGAGGGGCUACCAGGCCCAGGGGGAAUGAGGAAGUCCAGUGUUCUGGUACAGGAGCAACAGAGCCUGGUGUUCUAUGGAGAACCACCACUAUCUGUCCCAACACGCUGCUCUGUACCCAGCCAAACGCACGCCAAUGCUGGGAUGGGCCUCAACACCACUGCUAGUGGGGGUUCUGCUUCUCAAUAUCUGCCUCCUAGGACUUUUUCCUCAACCUCUGAGUCAACACUUAACACUGAUCCCAGGUUGUUAACAGGUUUCUCUGAGGGGGCCGUAGGGGGUCCAGGUGCCCCCCGUAGUGAGCCCCAGACAGCCUCCUACCCCUCCUCUAACUCCACCGCCAGCAGCAGUGACCUAGUCAAGAAGGGACUGGUAGAAAACUACUUUGGCUCGCGCUCCAGCACAGACGUCUCAGAGAUCAGCCCUGUAGAGACGUCAGCUAUCACCCUGGGGAUACUGUCUGGAGCGGGGCCGGGGCCGCCUGUAGAGGAAGACGAGGAAGAGGACAACGAGAUGAUAGAGAACGGCUUCUACGAGGAAGGAGACGGCUUGGCGUUCGUGAACGGUGUCGUUGACGAGGAGGAGGAGGAUGAAGGGGAUGGAGGGGCAGUAGGGAGGAGUCUGUUGUUUGAACAGUUGGGACUGGACCAUGUUCAGGAGCCCAGGGGUCUUCCUCCAGGCUAUGGUGCCCCUGUCCGCUCCCCCCUGGCCCCCAGCUCAGUGGGCUCUUCCCAGGGGAGACCUCUAGUCCCUACCCCCUCCACCUCCCUCACCUCCAACAGCCUGCGCUGGUAUGACAGCGCCCCCACACCACAGAUGAAGGCGUGAGUCCACAGUCUAGUCACCUCAUGUCC